CACAUGGGGCGUGUCUCUGGGGAUCCACGCGGUCACCUGACCGGGUGACGUCACGCAGGUGUGAAAGCAGCCGCGAGCAGAGACCAGAUGGUUUAGACGAAGAGAAGAGAAGAAGAAGAGCAGCAGCAGCCACACCCGCGGACACUCCUGCAGCCCGGCAGUACCGACCCAGUCCAGUCAUGACCCCGAGCCGGACUCACCUGGUCCUCCUCCUGUGCUGCGCGCUCAGCUGCGGGGCGCAGCAGGACGACGUGCCUGACACAGACUUGAGAGGCUUCGGAGGGACGGAGACCCACGAGGGGAUGUGGGUCAGCACCGAGGGCAGCAGAGUCCUGACGAGUCGUCUCACCACCGUCUUCAUCCCGAUCGUCUACAUCAUCGUGUUCGUGGUGGGACUUCCCGCCAACGCCAUGGCCAUCUGGGUGUUCCUGUUCAGGACCAAGAAGAAGCACCCGUCGUCCAUCUACAUGGCCAACCUGGCGCUGGCCGACCUGCUCUUCAUCAUCUGGGUGCCCUUAAAAAUAGCGUACCACUUCAACGGCAACAACUGGACCUACGGCCAGGAGCUGUGCAAGGUGCUGGUGGCGUUCUUCUAUGGGAACAUGUACUGCUCCAUCGCCUUCAUCGCCUGCAUCAGCGUGCAGCGUUACUGGGCCGUGGUGAACCCGCUCGGCCAGCAGCAGAGGAACAACUGUACGGCAGUCGGCGUCUCCGUGGCGGUCUGGUUGGUGGUCUGGCUCAUCACGAUCCCGCUCUACCUCUACGAUCAGGAGGUCUACUCGAGAAACCUCGAAAUCAAAACCUGCCACGACGUCACCCGGCCCAGUCAGAGGGAAACAGCGGCGGGUUACUUCCUUACGAUGGGGAUUCUGGGAUUUGUUGUUCCCGCCAUCGUGUGCAUCAUAUCCUACAUCCAGAUGCUCAGGGCUCUCAGGAACAGCAUGGCGGACCCGACCAUCGCCAAGAAGCGGCGGAAGGCCGUGGUGCUGAUCGUCACCGUGCUGAUUAUGUUCCUCGUGUGCUUCACCCCCAGUAACAUCAUGCUGCUGGUGCACUACAGCCACCUGCUGCGCCAGGCGGAAAACAGCCUGUAUGGAUUCUACAUCACCACGCUCUGCCUGGCGAGUCUCAACAGCUGCAUCGAUCCCUUCAUCUACUACUUCAUCUCGGAGGACUUCAGGGAGCACGUGAAGAACACGUUCCUCUGCAGGAGCGAGAGGACGGUGGAGAGGAUGAGGGUUUCCUUCAGCGCGCUCAAGUUCUCCAAGAAGAGCAACACGUACACCUCAGAGUCCGGGAACACCGGCAGCACCGAGUGCUAGAGCGCCGCCGGGUCUUAAGCUAACACGUCAAUCUUUUGAUCGAUUUCUGGUUUUAUUUCAAGUGUGUGAGAGUCUUCUCCUCGAAGCUUUGAGUUACUGCUUUUUUAUUUUUGUACAGAAUUAUAAUUUUUUUUUUACAUGAUAAAACAACUUUUAUUUAAAGCACUUUGUUUGAUUUCACUGGGAUGUGAAUAUUUGAAGGAACAGUCAUCGUCUCCUCCAUGAUGAAGGUGUAAAAUCAAUGACUUUCAAUCGAACAUCGGGUUGAGUAAAUUAUCGUUUCUGGUUGAACUUUUUCCCUUUUAAUGUGUUUGAUGUUUUAAUCCACGCUGUGAUUCUUAUCAGAUUCUUAUCGAUGUGCCAAAAAGCUUUGAGACCAUAAUCGAGUGAAAUGUAGCACGUUGUACGAUCCGUGAUGCUCUGUGUGUGUGUGUGUGUGUGUGUGUGUGUGUGUGUAAAUAUCUCGUUUGUGUUUUUACCGUCAGGAGUUUAACUGUGUAACUACAUUUUAAAGUUUGUCAAUAAAAGCAAAGUCCAGCUGAC